AUGACACCACUGCGUCUUGCAAGCGGAUCACCAUCAACGACAGAUUUAGCUAAACGCAGAUCAACGGAAAGCUCCAGCAAGAUACUACAGCGCGACACCACGAAACAAUCGGUUUAUUCUGCCCUUCAAAUUUUGCAUAUGCACGACGGUCCUGACAUCGCGGCGAGUCAUUCUCCGCUUCCCACCGUUUUGACGGGUGGUGCUCUGCAGAGGACUACGAGCAGAGGUCUAGGAUCCAUAUCAACGUCAUCGAGCAGUAACAAGAGCGUGUCGCACUUCAGUGGUUCUAUUAUCUCCCGCUGGCGUCGUGGUAAGAUGCGCUUUACAAACACGGCAUCGCAUGGAAAUGAAGUUGAACAGGAUGAAGUUGUAAUGGUUGGUUUUGUUAAGCGUAGUGCAGGUUUGUUUAGCAUGGCUUGGCUUACGGAUGCCAUGAGCAAUCAAAGUAGCAAGGACCCAGGGCAUGGGUGGCGUCCCUUCAAGGCCAUGCUCGUUCAUGAGACCCUAAUGUUCUUCAAAGUUCCUGCGACUAUGGUCCCAGAAGUUCGUCGUACAUUCCAAAUCCGUUCUACUCAGUGGCCUACAUCAAUUACGGCCUCAGAUGAGGUCAGUGUGUUGUCGCCCGAUUCAGACAAGGAAGAAACAGAAAGUCAUGCAACUACUUUGCCUGACUCAAGCACAGUGACUACAGUUGAAGAGAGCGACAAUGAAACAACGUGGAAAAGUUUUCAGACCCAUCCCGAGCUAUUGCUCGUACCAGACAGCGGAUGUCCAGGUUCUUGGGCUGCCCGUAUUGAUCGUGGCACGCCAGCGGCCCUUGCUCAUGAGCUUGUUUUUGGAACACAGCAACCUGCGUACGGGCCAGAGCGUUGCGAAACUGAUACGAAAACGUUUCUUCAUCUGGUAUUUUAUUCUCUUGGCACGACACAUGUUCCAUGGCACAUGUUUCUGCUAGCUCUGCGAGAAUACUUGGGCAUGUGCACGCGAGCGAACGCGGGUAUUCAACGCGUAGCUCUAUUUGUUGACUUAUUGCUUUGGAAGCGCCCACUUUUGCAUGCUGGUCAUGAGCACCGCUUUUUUCACGAGCUUGAUGCGCUUAUUACGCAGCUUGCACAAAUCGAGACUUCAUCGUACGCCCCAAUGAGGCAGCAGUUGUGUGAGUGGCAGAUGCAAGUCCAACAACAUGAUCCGUGUAUGCCAACGGAUUGGCUGAACAGUACACGUCUUGCUUCAAAUCCUGGUCGAAUUGACUUGGCCCCACUAUCACAAUGUUGGAAUGCUGCGGUCCUCGUCCGUCAAGAUCCAAGUGAAGUGGCACGCCAGAUCCAAAGUUUUCACGUGGAUAGGCUCAUGGCCUUUCUCCGUGUGCCUGUGACUGCAUACCGGCUUUCCAGCAGUGUGACUGAGACAAUUCUGCGCUCAUUCCGGUUCGAUGCCACUCGCCCACACUGGAUCACACAUGUGAUAUUGCGCCAGCUGCUGGUAGACGAGGCCCCUGAGCGUCAGGGAGAGGCCGUUGAACUCGAUCGAGCCCUUGUUCUUCAACAUUGGAUCAGCAUAGCUGCAAGUCUGCUUCAUAAUGGUGACUUAGCCGGAUGGGUGGCUGUGUGUGCGGCGUUGUGCUCACGAGCUGUCGCAUCACUCGACAUGCUUUGGCGCGGACUUCCCACGACGAAACGUGAUUUGGUCACUUUGCACUGGUCGCCCAAAUUAACGCAGUUUGGCUGGAUAGAAGGUGUGCAUGCGCCUGUCGAGCCGAUCUUGGCAAUCGACGGUGCAGGUCAUGUCGCGAUGACACCCGGCGGUGUGCCGUAUUUUGGCAAUGCCGGUAUCCUUGAUGCAUCAUCCUCGAAUGAAGCAGCGCCCGCACGCGUCCAAGUACCGGUGGCAUCUCAGGAGCCAGAGUUUAAUCGAGUCCGCUCUUUGGCUUUGCGAAUCGGCUCGCUAUUUGAACGAGGUAUGCCAAUGCCCAUGGGGCCAGCACCGAUUCCCGAGUAUCAGGCCUUAUUUCAGCGACUGUCAACGUAUGAGUUUGUGCUGCAGACUGGCUUGACGGACUACGUCGGCAGCGCCGUCAUCGCUGAUGGCUGUGUCAUGGAACACACAUACGUCGACAAGCCGACUGAUUGGUUGACGACGUCUGUGCCGGAUGCGGACACCUUGUUCACGUUUCCCACUCCAUUUGCCGCUCUCAUGCCGACCAGAUUGAUUGCUGACUCGAUCAUGGUACGCAACGACGUCUUCAUUGGCGAUAAAACGGAUAUGGCGUAUGCGUCGCUACCUCGAUGCGCAGCUCGUGCAGUGACGCACAAGGAAGAAAUCUUGAUGAACGAUGAGCUGGUGUUGUAUCCGAUGCACCCGCAGUUGUGGGGCUCAAAGUCGCUGUCGAAGCCGUCCAUCGGUCCGGCAAGCCCUAACGAUGUGCCGCCUACGGAGCUGCCAAAACGACGGUUUUCAGUAGAAGUGCGUGCAGCUUCGAGCAGACGACUCUUGGAUAUCUUGGUACUAGGUACGGCGCAUCUCAUCGUUCGCGCACCAAUUGAGCCUCGCUCAAAUCCAGUUCGAUACCAAGUGCUGGGUGUCGACUUGGACUUUAAGGCCUUCCUCGACGCAUGCCUAUUGUCUUACCGAGGCUGGAUCUCACCUGCUGGUCUUUUGGAAGCUUUGAUGCAUCGCUGGCAUGCCGCUGAGAGUGCUUGUCGAGAAAUGGCGCUUCACGCUCGUAUGCAUGUGCCGAACCAGUUCCCGUCAUGGACGCGCCCCCCGAAUGCCCAGUAUGCUCGCGAGCCAAUGGAUGCACAGCGGGUGAUUCAGAUUCGCUUGCAUGUACUGGAGGUCUUGCAGCGUUGGCUCGAGCUAUAUCCGCGGGAAUGGAUUGCCGAUCUUGUUCUCUUCGACACGCUAUACAAAUUUCUCCAUGAGAUUCUUGCUGAGUGUACCAACAUUGCAUCAGACUCGCCUGUGCUUGUUGAAGCAAUUCACCAGCUUUUCUCCAUUUUCCCAACGCUCACGACGAGCGCAAUCUCUGCUAUGGGACUUGACUGCUUCUCGACGACAGCGUCCACACCGAUGCCCACUGUGGCACGCGCGUUUGAUUGGUCUCUUUCUGCGACGGAUCUCGUGGUCUAUUUAGAGUCGAUGAUGGCAUUGCCAUACUCACUGCUCCAGGCACACGACUUGGCCCUUACCAUGGUCGUAUUUGAGCAAAUGCAUACCGCGCGCGACGCUUGGCUUGAGGCUGUGACGGAAGAACCCAAUGCGUCCCUGAGUAUUUUUUGCCUUCUCCGACUCUUACCAUCACCCGUUCUUCCCUACACGCGUGCUUCGAAAGAUGCGUCGCUAUUCGAUGUUUUGCCGCCUUCGGUGCGAGAACUGUGUCGAAUUCACGAAGUCAUCCGCGAUUGGACAGAGACCCAGGUAACUGAGCCGCGCAUUGGCCUAGACCGACGUAUGGAGAGGGUCCAUCGCCUUAUCGAUGCCGUCCUACUUAGCCGUGCUUCAAUGGCACAUCGCAUACGUCGCUCGAGCGCAUCUGCGCCUGAAAUCCGCUCCCCACUUCCACUGACGUUCCUUGAGAGCGCUGUGUUAGAGGGCCUCACCAGCGCUCGUUCUCAAGCACAUCGAGCUGCUUGGGAGCAUCUCGCAACGAGUCGCGGCGUUCGUGUAUGGGCUGACUUGCUUGCCCACGCACCAGACACACUACCACCCGGGCUUCCGCCUUGCACGCCUGAUAUUGGCUGGACGAUGACGGUGCUAGCAAAUUGGGCUGCGCGUGCCAAAGCGCGGCAGACGCAAGCGUCUCACCUCUUAGAGUUUAGUCGUUACAUGUCAGCGAUGGACCUGAUAACGGAUUCGAUCCAUUUGCAAAGACAAUGCUUGACAACAGAUCUUUCGUUGGAUGUCGCACGAGCUCGACUCGUAUGGCUUCGCGAUUUUGUCAGUAAAGCGACAUGGUCCUGGACUGUUGUGAUGGAAGAUGCAGCUCUCGAAGCCUCGUUUCAAGGGUUCCCUUUUCCAGCCCCCGUCCAGCUAUUCGCUGGCCUGGAGCUGGCCCGUGAGCAAAAACGCUUGUCAAUUAAAGGUUUAUCUGUGCUACCACCCCAGCACAAGGCAGCAGAGGCCGCAUUGUUAGAUUCCGUCGAGCUGCCUACGCCGGUAGCCCCCGUUGCGCCCAAGAUGCCAGAGAUUCCGCCAAUUCCGAACAUUCCACACCAUCCAGACGACUCGCUUCUUCGCGCUGUGCCAACCAUGCGUGUCUCUUAUGCGUUUCGCUGCACGGGUGCAUCGCUUUCAGUUUGGCCUUACCAUCAACACCCUUUCGUGCUUCAGCUGUGCGCGCCAGGUGGACAAAAGUGCACACUGAAGCUACCAAACUACGACGAAUUUUGCCGCUGGAUUGCGUCUUUGCAGGCACUCUCCAACGUACGCAUGGCCGAAGCGUUCGACGCUGGCACAUAUGCGGCUCAAGUCGCUGAGUAUCUUGGUCGCGCUAGUGCAGGACGCGUUUUUGGUGUGCCGCUCCGUGAGCUUGCUUUGAGGACAGGCAACCUGCCGUUGCCACCUGUGAUUGAGCGGGUGCUGGAGGAAAUUGAAUCUCGUGGAUUGAAUGAGCAAGGGAUCUACCGCAUCAGUGGCACACGCAACGCGAUGGAGUCGCUACAGCGGAUGCUUGAUACACAACCUAUCCACCAAAUUUCACUAGCGCACAUUGACAUUCAUGUGUUGACAAGUGCUGUGAAACUAUGGCUUCGUGAACUUCCCGAGCCCGUAGUGCCGUUCGCUUAUUACGAUGCCUUGAUCGAAACGGAGCGUAUCAUCCAGCACGAUGUACGCGUUAAAGCCAUGCGCGACAUUGUACGGCUUUUCCCUCGAUGUCACUACCUUGCACUGCAACGCGUGACGUAUCAUUUGACGCUAGUUGCCAAAUGCAGCAAGAUGAAUCUCAUGGCCGCCCACAAUAUUGGCCUUGUCUUUGGAUCAACGCUGCUGAAUCCGCCUUCAGGUACCGGCAGCGUCGCACGUGGAUUAGAAAAUUUGGGACGCGCCGCCCAUGUGGUCAAAAUUGCCGUGCUAAUGCAUCGCCAGAUCUUUGGGUUGCGAACAGCUUAA